AUUAAAUCAAACCAUUUAUAAAUAAUUAACAGAUAUUCACAAAAUCAAUGAUCAGAUUUAGAUGAAUAUCAAUCAAUUUGUGGUAUUAUUUAAUAACUAUUGAUAACAGACAUCAAACCGAUCGAUAAAAAGGAUUUUGUCGUAAUUGAUGUCAAUUCACACUAAUAUUAGACACCAAUUGAACGAUACUUUUCACUAAAUUUUUGAUUUUAAUGUUAAUUAAAAUUAGUUACAAAAAAGUGAUUAACAAUAAAGUUAUUGAAAACAAUGACAGCAUUUGAAGAAAUGGGAAUCAUGUCAGAGAUCGCUGAAGCGGUCGAACAGAUGGAGUGGACACUUCCCACUGAUAUUCAAUCCGAAGCCAUUCCACUUAUUCUCGGCGGCGGUGAUGUCUUGAUGGCAGCCGAGACCGGCUCUGGAAAGACCGGAGCAUUUUGUUUACCAGUACUUCAAAUAGUUUGGGAAACCAUUUAUGAUAUAUCCGGUGGCAGAACAAAGACUUCUUCAAGUGAUAAACAGUGGCGCUUGAGUUCAACUGAUAGAGAGCUAAACCUAUCCCUUAGUGCUGAUUAUUUGUCGGCUCAAAGUAAAGGAGACCAGAAAUGGCAGGGAUGUCGGGCUAACUAUGGCGUCAAAAAAGAUCCGUCAGCCAAAUGCAAUUGUUUUUACUUUGAAGUCCAAUUCACAAAUCCCGGUUUGGCCAGAAUUGGUUGGUCUCUGGCCGGCGCUAAUCUUGAGUUGGGUUGCGAUCAGAAAAGUUGGGGCUAUGGAGGAACAGCUAAGAAGAGUACAGCGAAAAAUUUUGAGAAUUACGGCCAAACAUUUGGCGAUAAGUUUGAUGUCAUCGGAAAUCUUAUAGAUUUAGAUAGAAAUACCAUUUCAUUUACUAAAGGAGGCAAAGAUCUGGGCAUUGCUUUUCGUUUGUCAGAUCAAUUGACUCAACAAAAUGUAUUUUUUCCGGCUAUUUGUAUCAAAAAUGCUGGCAUUAGUAUCAAGUUUUCAGGCACUGAUUGUCCUCCUAAUAGUAUUUGGGUGGCAAAUGCCAAUCCCAAUCAGUUUUCAUCAAAUAUAAGUGCUUCCAAUUCAUCGAAUUCAAAGAACAAAAAUAUAGGUCCAAAAGCAUUAAUUGUUGAACCGAGUAGAGAGUUAGCACAACAAACAUACGAUUGUAUCACACAAUUCAUGAAACGAUUGUCGGGACAAAUAAAACAACUGUUACUGAUUGGUGGUGUCAAUGCCAGAGACCAAAUGGACCAAUUGUCAGCUGGCGUUGACAUUGUUGUCGGAACUCCAGGUCGUAUUGAAGAAUUGAUUAGUAAUGGAAAUCUUUCACUCGACUCCUGUCGAUUUUUUGUGAUCGACGAAGUGGAUGCUCUCAUACAACAAGGAAAUCAAAAUUUACUGAAACGCUGGCAUUCAUUACUUCCGCGUAUGUUUUCUGAUGGUAAACGACUUCAAACGAUUGUUUGUUCGGCAACUUUACAUAAUUUUGACGUCAAAAAGUUUGCCGAAACUGUAAUGUAUUUCCCGACUUGGGUUGACUUAAAGGGAGAGGACUCAAUUCCUGAUACUGUACAUCACGUAGUGUAUCGAAUUGAUCCAUUAAAAGACAUGUUAUGGAAGUCACUGAAGACGACAUAUAAAACGGAUGGCGUUCACACCAAAGAUCGACUUAAUUACAAUCAACCGAAUAAAGAAACGCUAAGUGAAGCCAUCAAAUCACUUAAAGGACAUUAUGUUGUGAAAGCAAUCGAUGCCUUAAAUAUAGAUCAGUCCAUAAUAUUUUGUCGAACCAAACUUGACUGCGAUUCACUGGAACAGCAUUUCAAUGCUAUCGGUGGCGGUAAUGGAAAUCCAAAAAACCGAUAUUCAUGUGUUUGUCUUCAUUCUGAUCGAAAACCAUACGAAAGAACAGAAAAUUUGAAUAAAUUUAAACAAAGAAAAUGCAAUUUUCUUAUAUGUACUGAUGUUGCCGCUCGUGGUAUUGAUAUUAAAGGAAUUCCAUUUGUUAUUCAAUUAACACUUCCGGACGAGAAAUCUAAUUAUUUGCACCGAAUUGGAAGAGUUGGUAGAGCUGAAAAAAUGGGUUUAGCGAUAAGCUUAGUGUCGGAAGUACCGGAAAAAGUGUGGUAUCACUCAAAUUGCAAUUCCAGAGGGAAAGGUUGUUAUGAGACAGCACUCGUCGAAGAGGGUGGUUGUUGUGUUUGGUAUAAUGAACUUCAGAUUUUGGCUGAAAUCGAGGAAAGUUUAAAUUGCAUUAUUGAUUCAAUUGGAUCGGAUUUUAAAUUACAAAUUAAUGAAUUUGAUGGCAAAGUAACGUAUGGUAAGAAAAAUAUGGGUCAGGGAUAUACAUACGAGGGUCAUGUUAGCCAAUUAGCCGAUGAAGUCACACAAUUGUCUAAACUAGAAACGUCAGCUCAAAAUAGUUUUCUUAAAUUUUAUUUAUAAAUGUAAUUAAAGAUAUACUGUGUAUAUAAUAUAAAUA